AUGGCCUUCCUUUGGCUUCUCUCCUGCUUCGCCCUGGUGGGAACCACUCUUGGCUGUGGUGUCCCUUCUAUUCGCCCUGAAGGGAGCAACACAAACAGGAUCGUGAAUGGAAAGGACGCUCUCCCUGGUGCCUGGCCCUGGCAGGUGUCCCUGCAGACCACCUCUGGCUUCCAUUUCUGUGGGGGCUCCCUGCUCAAUGAGAAGUGGGUGAUCACCGCUGCCCACUGCCGUGUUAACCCAGCUGCCCGGGUUGUGGCUGGGAUUGUUGACCUGAACACAGAAAGGAACAAUGCCCAGAUCCUGAAGAUUGCCCAGGUUUUCAGGAAACCUGCGGAUGAGUCAAACUUCAAUGACAUCGCCCUGGUGAAGCUAGCCACGCCCGCCAACUUCUCUAAGACGGUUUCCUCCGUGUGCCUGCCCAAAUCUGCAGAUGAGAUCCCUCCUGGGACCAUGUGCAGCACCACAGGCUGGGGUCUGUCCAAGAAACAAACCAGGAAGCUGCAACAGGCCUACAUGCCCCUCUUGUCCCACCAACAGUGCAUUAAGUACUGGCGCAAGAUCAAAGACAGGCUUGUCUGUGCUGGGGCCAACGGUACCUCCAUCUGCAGCGGCGACUCUGGCGGUCCCCUGGUCUGCCGGAAGAAUGGCCCCUGGAUCCUGGUGGGCGUCACGAGCAUGGGAGGUUCCAAAUGCCAAACCAACUUGCCUAACAUGUUUGCCCAUGUCAUCGAAUUCAUGCCCUGGAUUCAGGAGACCAUGGCAAAAAACUAAACCCCAAUUCCUCAGAUCCCAACAACAGGUGUCCCCAAUAAAAGUGU